AUGGAAAUUAACAUGAGAUCUGGAGUCAAGGGGGGUUCAAGUUCAGACAUUUUAAAGGAAAGAAUAGCCAUUGAAGCAGAGGAAGGUCAUACGGAUGGUUUGAGAGGUCUGGUGAUGAAAAUGAAGACGACCCAAAAGGAGGCAUUCAAGAGAGAGUAUGGGAAUUUGUUGAGCCUGUUAGAGGUGGAGGUCCAAACAUCGACGAUUUCUACUUUAGCCCAGUACUAUGAUCCACCACUGAGGUGUUUCACUUUUCGGGAUUUCCAGUUAGUGCCAACAGUGGGAGAAUUCGAGCAGAUCUUAGGUAUACCUCUUGAGGGAAGAACUCCAUACAACUACCUGGGACAGUAUAUCCCUGUGUUGCGGCUAGCAAGAAUCAUGAAAUUACACCCUAUGCAGUUGGAAGGUGAGUUCAUAGUCAAGGGCAAAGUGAGAGGCCUUCCUCAGGGAUACCUAGAGCAGUACUUGCAUCGUUUGGCUGAAAAAGAAAAGUGGGAAACAUUUAUGGAUGUAUUGGCUCUUAUCCUCUAUGGUGUCAUGCUUUUUCCUAACAUCGAGAACUUCGUCGACAGCGCCGCCAUAAAUGCAUUUGUGGGAUACAAAGAUCGCUCUGAGAAUCCGGUCACCGCUGUCCUAGCUGAAGUUUAUGGGACCCUUAGUCAAUGUUACGAGCUAAAGGGAGGGAAACUUUUGUGUUGUCUGCCAGUGUUGUAUGUAUGGUUCGUCUCUCGGGUGAAGGAGAACACAUUGAAUGCCACAUGUCCCAUGGAUGAGCUACUGCAGUGUAAAUCAAAUAUGAAAGGGGCAAAUGAAUGGGCCCAUCUCUGUGCAAGUCUAAAUGUGGAGCAAGUCAAAUGGAAUGUCCUUUGGAUGCAAAGAUCGCAAAUCAUAUAUUAUUGCGGGAGGUACCCUAAUGUGCCCCUCAUGGGUAUCAGGUGUUGCAUUAACUACAAUCCUGUGUUAGCACAAAGUCAAUUUGGAUAUCCUAUGAGAGGAUCUCCUACACCUGCGUCUCUCGCCAUAUUGCAGAUCUAUUAUAAGGAAGGAAACUUUGCUGAAAUGCUUCAUCAAAUUAGAAAUGCUUGGGGCAACGUUGUUCGUGCAGAAAGGGACCCAAGACCAUGGAUUGUUGAUGAGGGAAUUCCUUACGGCCUUUGGAUUGCAGAGAGGGUUAGGAUAGUGAAGUUACCUUUCAAGUUAGUUUCUCCUAACCUGGAUUAUGAGAAACAAUUUCAUAAGGCUGAAGGUGAGGCGGUGCAACUGUUAAAGGCCGAAUUAGAGUGA